GCGCGUGGACGUACCUGGUGCGUGUGUGUUUUUUAAAAUAAAACAAAAACAACACCAGGCGCAAUUUAAAAAAUAUGUAUUCAAAAUAACAACUGUCAUUAAUAAAACAAAAAAUCAGAAACGUCAGAAGUUUUCGCGAAUGAUACUUUCUGCGUUUGCAUUAAUUGUACCCUGAAUAUCGCGAUAUGAACUAAUGAAUAUUUAGUUUUAUUAAUCCGUGACUAAACGCACAGCGUGAAGAGUGACAAAUUCUUUCGGCGGAUCCGAGAGAAGUGUCUCAUAUCUAGUGUGAUAAGAAAUCACGUCUUUAGAAAAGAUGACUAAUUAAAAUGGAAAACAAGAUUGAAUACUUGUAUAAGAAUUAGAAACAGUUUUUCUUUCUACUCUCCUUUUCAUACCUAAUCAUUUUUAUUCUGAGCUCUUCUUAUUUCGAGAGAGUCAAUGACUUAGUGCAGGAAGUUGAAUUUUUUCGUUUCCCGUUGAAUGCAGGUGUUUUUGAGAUGAAAGCGAGUAUUGUGCUGAGAGUAAUGACUGUGUUCUUAGUGGAUAGGUGUGUUUAGCUUCGGUGGUUUAUAAGUGAUAAAAAUUGAGAGAAGGAACGAUUUUGCAAAAAGUUGAGGGUUGAAGUUCAGAGUGGCUCCGGGGAUGAUUUUCACCGGGAGGUCAGUGGACGCCCUUGACGAUGUUCGGGCUACCCAGGAUGAUCGUCGGGAUGUCAGUGCCAUUGCUAUCGCAUCUGGGUGGUUUUCCAGUUUACGGAGAACGGGGAAAAAAUAUAAAAAAGGAUAUCAGAAGCAUGCGAAGAGUGCUUGGGAUCUCAGCACCCUGAGCACAGUUAGAAACACGCAACUGAAAGAUGAGUUGGGUGAAGUUGUGGCCGAGAUGGAGGCGAUGGAAGGAGGAGGACUCGUGCCCGACGAGUCGAAGCCUUCGAAUAAAGCGAAGCAAAUGUCGAUCGGUCGUAAGAAGUUCAAUAUGGACCCGAAAAAGGGUAUCGAGUACCUGAUAGAACACAACCUCCUGGCAGCGACACCCGAAGAUGUUGCGCAGUUUCUCUACAAGGGCGAGGGUCUGAACAAAACCGCGAUCGGCGAUUACUUGGGAGAAAGGCACGACUUCAACGAAAAAGUCCUUCGAGCUUUCGUCGAGCUCCACGAUUUUACGGACCUAAUCCUGGUCCAGGCUCUGAGGCAAUUCCUCUGGUCGUUCAGAUUACCAGGAGAAGCUCAGAAAAUCGACAGGAUGAUGGAGUGUUUCGCCCAGCGAUAUUGCCAGCUGAAUACCAAUAUUUUUACGAAUACGGAUACUUGCUACGUUCUCAGCUUUGCCAUAAUCAUGCUUAAUACUUCAUUACAUAAUCCUAGUGUUAAGGACAAACCUAGUGUGGAGCAGUUCAUCUCCAUGAAUAGGGGAAUUAAUAAUGGUGGAGAUCUUCCACGAGAACUACUUGUGAGUUUAUACGAGAGCAUAAAGACGGAGCCUUUCAAAAUACCAGAGGACGAUGGUAACGAUCUGAUGCACACGUUUUUCAAUCCCGACAAGGAGGGCUGGCUUUGGAAACAAGGCGGACGUUACAAAAGUUGGAAGAGGCGAUGGUUCAUUCUCAACGACAAUUGCCUUUACUAUUUCGAGUACACCACCGACAAAGAACCACGAGGCAUUAUUCCACUGGAGAACAUCCAGGUCAGAGAAGUGCAGGACAGGCACAAGCCUCAUUGCUUCGAGCUCUACGCCGCUGGCUCGGAGUUCAUCAAGGCGUGUAAGACAGACAGCGAAGGAAAGGUCGUUGAAGGUAAACACACAGUUUACAGAAUGUCAGCCGCGACCGACGAGGAAAAAGAGGAAUGGAUCAAGUGUGUGCGGCAAAGUAUAUCCCACAAUCCAUUCUACGAUAUGCUCGCCGCCCGAAAGAAGAAAGCCCAAAAAACAAAUGUGCAUUCGAAGAGUUAAAAAUGGCCAUAAAUAGAGACCGAACUGCGCUUCGGUUUGGUGAAUCGAAAGACUGUUCUGCCUCGUGGAAGGCAUGUUUGGAGUUGAACUCGGAUCUGCCUCGAAAUUCAGAAAUGUUGAGCGAAACCAAGAAUUCAAAAUCAGUUUCGAAGAGAGAAGUAUUUACGCUCGUUCCUCCUGCCAAUCGUAAUGAAAUCAUGAAAGACUAAUCCGACGACGAUAGGACAGAAGCAAAUUCUACAAAUCGAGGAUUGUUUCCAGCGAAAGUUGGGAGUCACUAUCAAAAGUAGAAUGAAUGCACCAUUGGACUGAUGGAGACAGUUAUCGUAUUUAUUUUCUACGAUUUCCAAUUGCCACUUUUGUAUUCCCCGUUAUUAUGUCUUCGCGAGAGAACUGAGCCAAAAACUAUUGAGUAGAGUCGAUGUGAAAGACUAAGAAUGGCGAACGCGUGUAGAUUAAUUAUAGCUCUGUAUUUAUUUGAACAAACUGUAGAUAAGACUAGUUAAAUUCGUUGAAUUCUACAUAAAAAUCGGUGACUGUACUUCUUUACAGUUUGUAAGUAUGGUUCGAUUGGCCAAAAACAUGACACUAGUUUAGAUUUUUCCUUCCUUGUAAGUAUUUUCGUUAGUAGUUUACUUACAGCAGGACACAUCAGGUUCCUCUGAAAAUUCCUCUAUAAUCGAUUAAUUCUAUAUCACCGAGGAAUCUGGUAUGUUUUUCCUUUGACUCUUGAAAAACUAGAGUCGCUCUGCCGUUUCUGGUCAAUUUUUGAGAAGAAAGACUUUUUCAUUUCUGUCUCUUUUAUGUUUGUCUUCCUCCGUCAUAUUUGCAUAUAGAAACUACUUACUGAUUAAUUACUUGUAAAAGUUGUAGCUUAGUUUCUAGACUUGUACGUACUUUGUAUGAAUAAUUUUUCUUUUUGUAAAGUUUGCAUAGCGAGUUAUGCAGCGACUCUAUUUUUUCGAUGGCUAACAACGAUGUGCACGAAUCUGUUUCAAGAUUCCGAUUUUGCAUCAAAGGACUUGAGCUCGUGUUGAGUUCUAUAUAAAAAAAAAGAGUUCACUUUUGACCCAAAAACCUUGUAAAUACUGCAGUCAUUGAAUAUAAAUUCCAUGUUCUUUUUGAAACUAGUCGUAGCAGAUCCGUCAUACAAAAAGGGAACCUUUCAAGAAUCAGUCAAACAUCGAAAACGCCUUAUUAAUCGAUAACUUGCUUAAUGGAGAUUUAGAUAGUUUAUAGUCUGUUUGCGCCUUUGAAGUUGGGUUUCUCGUUUUCGAAACAUGGCGGAUAGUGGUGGAAAAUUGAUGAAAGCGAGAGUUUCUCAAAGAAGAGAGUGGAUAGGGGAACUUAGUUGGAAAACGACCCGUCCAAGAGCCUUCCUUGUUCUAUUUAUUUGUACAUUAUUCGCACUCGAGGUGUUUAUAUUCAUGAGCUAAAUCGAAAAGAACAAGAGUUGUAAUUUAGUUUCUGUUAAUACCUGGGAAGUUAAAAAUUCGAAAGCCUUGACGAAAGAAUCUGGUGAAGACUGGUUAGUAUACAUUUUUCUAGUUAUAUCGUAAAAAAAUAAUUAACUGUCGAUUUCAGCAUCCGUUUAUGUGCUAUUGUAGAAUUUGUGUGUAGCAUUCGUCUCUGAGUUUUUACGUUUGAUGUGUGACCAGAACAGUAUUUGUAUGAAGAGAAGUUUCACAGGCAUAAAAGAAAAGGUCCUUGGUGUCCUGCAUAUUCCUGUUUGAUUGUUAAUUUAAUGAAAUCGUGUGAUUGUCUUGUUCUUUUCUUAUCUCGGAACGGUUAAAAAUUUAGCCGUUUAUUCCACCGUGCAAUAUAAUGAAAUAAAAAGUCAAAUAAAGUAAAAAAAAAUGUGUCGAAAACAGAGAUGGACCGCUCGAAUGAAGAAGAGGAACUCGUUUCAAAUUGAAGUUUUUGUAUAGAGAUGAAUAUCGUAUUGUAUCGCAAUGAAUUUGUACAUUUUCCUGUAUAUUGUUAUGUUUAUUUGAUGAUUGUUAUGGAUGCAUUAUGAAUUAAAUAUCGAAUC